UUGUGCUGGCAGCCCGUUUGUUUUGGCUGUGCUUUGGUUAUAGGCAUUUGGUGUCAGGUCGAAAACUUGCACUAAGCUGUGGCAUUAUGUCUGACAAAAGUGAGCUGAAAGCAGAGCUUGAAAGAAAGAAGCAACGCUUGGCACAAAUCAGAGAGGAGAAGAAAAGGAAGGAGGAGGAGCGCAAGAAGCAAGCGGCUGACCAACUGAAAGAUGCUGCACAACACCAGGAUGAUUCUGACCUGGAGAAAAAAAGACGCGAGGCUGAGGCUCUUCUACAGAGUAUGGGCAUAACCCCAGAGACUUCUGUUGUCCCUCCUCCCAUCUCUCCCACUACCAAAUCGGCGGGUACACCGAGUGAGGCAGGCAGCCAAGACUCUGAUGGAGCCGUGGGACCCAGGCGUGGAACUCCAAAACUGGGAAUGGCCAAAAUCACACAAGUGGACUUCCCUCCGCGUGAGACUGUGUCCUACACAAAAGAGACGCAGACACCUGUCAUGACUCAGCAAAAAGAAGAAGAGGAAGAAGAGGAAGAAAGUGUGCCACCAGAACCAGUAGUGGAGACUCAGACUGAGAAACUGGCAGAAGAGGACGAGGAAGCACCCCCCCACGAGCUGACAGAGGAGGAAAAACUCCAGAUCCUCCACUCCGAAGAGUUUGUGAAUUUCUUCGACCACAGCACUCGCAUUAUUGAGCGGGCUCUAUCCGAGCACGUGGACCUCUUCUUCGACUACAGCGGUCGUGACCUGGAGGAGAAGGAGGGUGAGAUCCAGGCUGGGGCAAAGCUGUCCCUCAACAGACAGUUCUUGGAUGAGCGCUGGUCCAAGCAUCGUGUCGUCACCUGCCUGGACUGGUCCCCCCAGUAUCCUGAACUCCUGGUUGCCUCGUACAACAACAACGAGGACGCUCCUCACGAGCCAGACGGCGUGGCCUUAGUGUGGAACAUGAAGUACAAGAAGGCCACACCGGAGUACGUCUUCCACUGUCAGUCCGCUGUGAUGUCGGCUGCAUUUGCCAAGUUCCACCCCAAUGUUGUGGUGGGGGGCACAUACUCGGGGCAGAUAGUGCUGUGGGACAACAGGAGCAACAAGAGGACCCCCGUGCAGAGGACCCCCCUGUCAGCAGCUGCACACACGCACCCAGUGUACUGUGUGAAUGUGGUUGGCACCCAGAACGCCCACAAUCUGAUUAGCAUCUCAACUGAUGGCAAGAUCUGCUCCUGGAGUCUGGACAUGCUCUCUCAGCCACAGGACAGCAUGGAGUUGGUGUUCAAGCAGUCCAAAGCUGUAGCUGUCACCUCCAUGUCUUUCCCUCUCGGAGAUGUCAACAAUUUCGUGGUGGGCAGCGAGGACGGCUCCGUCUACAUGUCGUGUCGUCAUGGAAGCAAAGCGGGCAUUAGUGAGAUGUUUGAGGGUCACCACGGGCCCAUCACAGGGAUCCAUUGCCACACGGCUGCAGGGCCUCUGGACUUCUCCCAUCUGUUUGUUACCUCCUCUUUCGACUGGACUGUCAAACUGUGGAGCACCAAGAACAACAAGCCGCUCUACUCAUUUGAGGACAACUCGGAUUACGUGUAUGAUGUUAUGUGGUCUCCCACUCACCCUGCUCUUUUUGCUUGUGUGGACGGAGUCGGCCACCUCGACCUGUGGAACCUCAACAACGACACAGAGGUUCCUACCGCCAGCGUCACAGUGGACGGUAACCCGGCUCUCAACAGGGUCAGAUGGGCUCAUUCUGGCAGAGAAAUCGCUGUGGGAGACUCUGAUGGACGAGUUCUUGUGUACGAUGUUGGAGAGCAAACUGCAGUUCCACGAAAUGACGAGUGGACCCGCUUUGUUCGCACGCUGGCAGAGAUCAACGAGAACAGAGAUGAUGCAGAGGAGCUGGCAGCUCAGCGCCUGGCUGCCUGAUCUACUCGCCACAGACGCAAUGUUAAAGGGACCAGUGGCGCGCUUGUUAUAAAAGUUUUUGAUGGAAGGAAAAGAUGCAAUGACAACAUCAGCAGAGGAUUUCGAUCAGAGAGACAUACGGACAUCUUUUGUUUUCUAACACUUUCUAAUUUGGACAACUCUGCCUUUCUCAGUUAGCUGGACCGUCAGCAGUCUUCCUCGGAGUAACACAAGCGACAGGGCUAUCGACCUCAGACACUAACACAAAGCCAUAUUCACAAAACACAAACGAGUCGUCCUUUCUUCAACCAGAUGCCUUAAACUUUUAGUUUUAAUCUUUGAUUGUACCUGUCGUCAUUUAGCGCAUGUUAACAUAAGCCUUAAUUUUGAGUUUUUCAGUCCAAACACUCAUCGCCGAGCUCCACCUUCAUCAAAGUUGUAGUGAAACAAUCACAUCUUUAAACACUCGGGAAUGUAAACUUCUUAUAACUGUAGAAACAUGUUGUCAUCUCAGCUCCUUUCAGACUUGAUAAAUAUUCACGUCUUUGUAAAAUACUGAAAUGUCCAAAAUCCAGAUGUCUUUCUACUUUCUAUAUUGUUCUAUUCUGCACCGGUUUUCACAUAAUCAGUGUAGCUGGUUAGACUGGAGAUAGGAAUAUCCUCAAUACCUAAGAAGAUGAUCAUGUAUGCUGUAACUGCUGUUGAUGGGAUCUGAACAGACAUCGUUUGCUUCCUGAAGAAUCUCAAACCUGAGAAUGUACUUUUCACACGGUAGAAUCAAACAGUUUAAAUGAUUUAUUUCAAUAAAAUACAAUAAAUACAUUUAAAUUA